AAGUCAGCUGAUGCUACGUGUGUGCUGCUCCCUGUGUGCGGCUCGUUGACAUCUCGGAGUGUGUCCAUCGCUCCGUGCUUCAGAUUUAGGGGAGGUGAGCUCAGAGCCAAGAGGGAGGAAACCGUUCAGUCUGAAACCCCCAAAUGGAGGGGCUGUUCCCCUCCCUGGGCCAGAGCUUCUCGGUUCCGCAGUCUGCCCUUUUCUCUGACUAGUUUGAACCGCAGAACCUCCGCUCUGUUAGCGUUAGGGGUUCGGGCCAGCCCUUCCUCCUCCCAUCCCAUUUUUGUACGGGAAACCUUCCUUAAUUUCACGUCUGCUAAAAGACCAAGAAGAGAGAUUUCUUCUUUCUGAAUGCCUUGUGGAGGAUCCUGUACUUUCUAUUUUCUAUGUAUCCUCUUCCCACAUCUUCGUUUUCAUCAUGAAGAUUAAAAUGAAGAGAUAAAUUUCUAUGGAAAUCCUGCCAAAGAAGAUGAAGAAAAACAGAGAAAGAUUCUGCAACAGAGAGAGGGAAUUUGUGUAUAAAUUCAAAGUAGGAAAUCAAUGUUUAGAACUUAGGGUGCCCCUCAGAUUUCCUGUUCAAGAGAAUGCCAGUCAUUUACAUGGACGUCUGAUGCUUUUGCACAAUUUGCCAUGCUUUAUAGAAAAAGACUUAAAAGAAGCUCUGAGCCAGUUUAUACAAGAAGAAUCCCUCAGAGAUUAUGAUAGAGAUGCUGAAGCGUCCCUGGAAGCCGUGAAGGCAGGUGAAGUCGAUCUACAUCAGCUGGCAAGUACGUGGGCCAAAGCUUACGCAGAGACCACCCUGGAGCACGCGAGGCCUGAAGAGCCCAGCUGGGAUGAAGACUUCGCAGAUGUGUACCAUGGCCUAAUCCAUUCUCCUGCCUCGGAGACCCUCCUAAAUCUGGAACAUAACUACUUUGUUAGCAUCUCAGAACUGAUUGGCGAGAGAGAUGUGGAGCUGAAGAAAUUACGAGAGAGACAAGGUAUUGAAAUGGAAAAAGUGAUGCAAGAAUUGGGAAAAUCCCUGACAGAUCAAGAUGUAAAUUCACUGGCUGCUCAGCAUUUUGAAUCCCAGCAAGACUUAGAAAAUAAAUGGUCAAAUGAAUUAAAACAAUCAACUGCCAUCCAGAAGCAAGAGUAUCAGGAGUGGGUGAUAAAACUUCAUCAAGACCUAAAAAACCCCAACAACAGCUCCCUCAGUGAGGAAAUUAAAGUUCAGCCAAGCCAGUUCAGAGAAUCCGUAGAAGCAAAUGGAAGGAUUUAUGAGGAACAGAGAAAGUUAGAAGAAAGUUUUACCAUUCACUUAGGAGCCCAGUUAAAGACCAUGCAUAAUUUGAGAUUGCUGAGGGCAGAUAUGCUGGACUUCUGUAAGCACAAAAGAAAUCAUCGGAGUGGUGUGAAACUCCAUCGACUCCAGACAGCACUGUCACUUUAUUCCACAUCUCUCUGUGGCCUGGUUUUACUAGUAGAUAAUCGAAUUAAUUCAUAUAGUGGAAUUAAAAGAGAUUUUGCCACAGUUUGCCAGGAAUGCACUGACUUCCAUUUUCCCCGGAUUGAAGAGCAACUGGAAGUUGUCCAGCAGGUGGUACUUUAUGCUAGAACCCAGCGCAGGAGUAAGUUGAAAGAAUCACAUGAUUCUGGAAACCGAAAUGGAGGAAGUGAUGAUAAGACUAAAAAUUCUGAUAGAAACUAUUUAAAUAUUUUACCUGGAGAAUUUUACAUUACACGGCAUUCUAAUCUCUCAGAAAUCCAUGUUGCUUUCCAUCUUUGUGUGGAUGACAAUGUGAAAUCAGGAAACAUCACUGCUCGUGAUCCUGCCAUUAUGGGACUCCGAAAUAUACUCAAGGUUUGCUGUACCCAUGACAUCACCACAAUAAGCAUUCCUCUCUUGCUGGUGCAUGAUAUGUCAGAGGAAAUGACUAUACCGUGGUGCUUAAGGAGAGCAGAACUUGUGUUUAAGUGUGUCAAAGGUUUCAUGAUGGAAAUGGCUUCAUGGGAUGGAGGAGUUUCUCGGACAGUGCAAUUUCUGGUACCACAGAGUAUUUCUGAAGAAAUGUUUUAUCAACUUAGCAACAUGCUCCCCCAGAUCUUCCGAGUGUCUUCAACACUUACCCUAACAUCCAAGCACUGAACCCUUACAGACUGACAGGCUGGCGGGAGAGGACUGGUAAACGCUCCAGGAAUGUGAGCUGCACUGGGAUUCUGUCGAGCAGAAGGUGCCCAGAAAGGCAACUUCCUGCCCAAAUCACACAUCCAAUCAUAUGUAUCUGUUAAACAUUCCAAAAAUUCGUGUACUGUGCAGACUAGUGAUCAGCCCCUUACUUAGGUGUUUAUUCUUAAAGUUUCUUUAUGAAAGAAAUGUCUCCUUUUCCUACUGUUGUGUCCCGUCUGUGAAUAUGAGUGAGGAUAUCACACAUGGACACUUGACGGAGGACACUGUUUACGACGCUUUCGUGGAGACAUUUGACUUUGCAACAAGGUUUGAAUGUAUCAGAUGCAAGGCUUAAUUCAGCAUACAAAUCAAAUCUUCCCUCUACCUUAUUUGCCAAGUGAAAAUUAAACGGCACUGAAAUAGACA